GGAAGGAUUAGAGUUUGCUCGGCGAAAGCAUAUAGAAGACCUUAGAAGAAAAGAAGAUGAACUUCGUUUAGAGCAUGACGAAUCUCUUAAGAUCCAAAGGGAAGAACUCCUUUUAGAACGUGCCCAGGUUUUGAAAAAGCAGAAAUUAAAGCACGCUCGAAUUUUAGAGGGGCAUGAGGCAGGGUUUAGAAAGCGACUUCAAAAAGCUCUUGUUAGACGAGAUAGGGAACAUGAAGAAGAUCUUGAAAGAAGAUUGCGAGAACAAAAGGAUACAUUGGAGCUUGAAGGGGCACAAAUUUUAGCAGAAAGAAUAAGAGCGCUUAGUUUAGGACAGAAAAAAGCGUUGGAAGAACGGGACAGGGUUAUAGAAAAACAAAAGAAGAAGGAAGAAGAAUUAGAAAAGCAAAAGGAAUUGUUGGCGCGGCAAAAGAAGGCAUUUGACCAGCAGAGAGAAGAACUUCUUUUGGUACAGGAGGGGCUUAGAAAGCUUCAGCUUGAGCAUGAGCGUACUUUGGAAGAGAAGGAAGAACAAAGGAAACGUAUCGAACAAUUGCUUUUGAAGCAGCGUGAAGAUGAAGAAAAGAUUCGACUGCAACAAGAAGAGAUAGAAAAGCAGAAAACAGUUAUUCUCGAAAUGCGUGAAGAGAUAGAAGAAAAGGAAGCUCUCCUUUUAAAACAAGCUAAAGAACUGGAGGAAAAAGAGCUUCUUUUGGCGCGGCAAAAAGAAGAGCUCGCAGAGCUGAGAGAACAGGCUAAAAGCGAUCUUGAAAAGCAGAAAGCAGAGCUUCUCCUCGACCACCAAGAAAAGUUAGAACAAGAAAAAGAGAGAUUAGAGCGUAGAGUUUUAGAUCUAGAAGCAGAACAUCAAGCAGAUAUAGAGGAAGUUAGAAGGUCUCUCUUGUCUCAGUACCAAGAAAGGACUGUAGAGCAAGAAGAAAAUCUCUCUUCCCAAUAUAAAUUGCUAUUGGAAGAUAAAAUUGCAAGCCUUCAUGAAGAAUAUGCAAGAAAGGCGAUGGAACAAAGUGCUUCUGUUUAUCCUGAUAAAGAAGAGAAAGAGAGGGUGGAAAAAGACUUGGAAGCAUCACAAGCUUCUAUAUCUCCUGCAUCUUCAGAGUUUCCAGAGGUGAGUAGUUUAGUGAGACUUCUUGAUGAUGAUGAAGAGGCUUCUCCCCAAAACUAUGAAGCUAUAGAAUACGCAACAGUGAUGGAUAACGUACAAGAU